AUGGACCAGCGAAAGAGGGUCGGUCGUUUGGUAGGAGCGCAGCCUCGUCAACGAUCAAAUGCCAUCAUUCUGGAACAAUCGCGAAUAUUAGGAGCGGUGAAGGUCAAUUGUAAUGGAUUAGAUGAAAGCUUGUAUUUUUCCCAGACAAAAAAGAAGCGUUGGACCAGGCACGAAUUGCUAACUGAUGGGCAAGGCAAUCCGAAUGAGCCGUCUUAUUCGAAACCAGGACUUUUGGCUGAGCCCCGCUUUGCAUAA